GGCUAUUUUUCCUGCCAGAGAUGAUGACCGCCAUCGCUUCGUUCUUCUACUAUACACGUCGAAUACAAGCUUAGACAGACUUUGAUUCAAUUGUCAAUCUGAUCUCUAUAGGCCGGCAUGUCAGGCUCGGCCGGUGGCGAAGAUGCGCUCUUGAGUGAGCUGUGUACGAUAUGUCACAUCAACGCGCCUAAAUAUCGCUGCCCCCGGUGCUCGAUCCGCACCUGCUCCCUCCCCUGCACCCGCCGCCACAAGCUCUGGUCGCAAUGCUCUGGGGUGCGCGAUCCCGCCGCAUACCUGAAGCGCCACGAACUGGCGAACCCGACUGCCUUUGAUCGCGACUUUAACUUCAUUACUGGCAUCGAGCGGAGCUUGGAGCGAGCUGAGAGGGAAGUUGAGCGUCGUGGUGUUACGCUCCCCAGUGAAGAGGAGCUGGCUCUGAAUGCAGAUGAAGAAGGGGUCGGGGCUGCGCCGGGGGCUGGGAAGAAGAGGAAGAGAGAGACACUGGUCAAGGGCGAGGCGGGCUUCUUACGGGGUGCAGAGGCCAGUGGUGUUAGGGUGGUGAGGGCCCCUAGGGGCAUGACUAGGAAUAAGGAGAAUACGUCGCGGUGGCACCUGAAACACAAAUGCCUUAGCUGGACAGUGGAAUGGGUAGCCCCGGAUGGUCAGAGAACGAGGAGGAAUUGCAGCGAGACAUGCACCAUCGCUGAAGCCUACGAUCGGAUAUAUCCUCCUCCCAAAGAAGAAAAGCAGACCCGGAGCGCGCAGAGUACCGAUUCAACAACUCCUACAACACUAACAGCUCAGGAAGGCAACCCCGAGACACGCCGGGGGCAGGAGAAGGACGAAGAAGCGAGCCAUAAUAUCGACAACGGCGACGCCCGAGCUCCAGCGCCGCCAGACGCAGAGACACCCGGAAUCCCAGCAGCAGAAACAUCACAGCCUGAAUCUGGGCCUCAAGAUCGACCACAAUCAUCGUCGACUCCAGCUGUCCAUCGGGGUCUCUACUUCUACCUCCACCGACCACGAACCGCUACAAAACAAACCGUCCUCAUACCUCUCCGUCCUAGCAAUACUUUUACGGCCUCUCUCCGCGAUCGAGUCGUUCUCGAAUUUCCCACCGUCUUUGUCCUUCCACAAUCACCACAGGACCUCUCACAAUCACGAAAGGAAAAGGAGGAAGAAGUGAUAGACUGUCAGUAUCUGUUGGAGGAGGAUUACCUGCGCAUUUACGGACCACCACCGGAAGAAGAAUCAAAGCCCAGAGAAGAGAGUGAGGAGGAAGGGGCAGUAAACGAAUCCACGAUGACCGGUCUGCCUGAUGUAGAUGAGAAAAAGGUACUUGAGGUUUUGCAGCAAGAUCUCGCACAGGCAUGAUUUCCUGCUGUUCUUUCGAGCGGAAGACAGUUAGUAUAUAGUUCGCAUCUAUGGAGUUAGUGUCUAGCAAUGGCUUAUACGGUUCGAUUCUCAACAAUUCCGGACGGGACUACUACUACCAAGACAUCAUUUGGCAGCUCUCGCGAAUCAUUUGUCAGUAUGGGACCGAUACACCACCAGUCUCUGGCCAAUACGUGUAGUGCCCUAUCGGCUGCCAGACGAGAGACUGGUCAGGCUCUUAUACGGUCCAUAUUGCCAUUUCUUCGGUAAGAGAGUCGAGUUACCGUAACAGCGACAUCUAGGACAUUGGAUUGUCGAGGUCACGCAGGUCAGAUACGUGGGCAUUGUGGCGGACGGGUAGCAUCGUGGACCUUUACGUCAACAUCAUUACCUGCAAGAAGGGACUCCGGUGUACUCAUUUACUUUCGCUGGUCACACCUGGCCGCACACGCGCCAGU